AACGCGCCACAUUUGCCUCUGCUUUCGUUUAAACCUCUUUUUCAUUCUCUUCUUCUGCAACAAAACCCUAAACAUCACGAGAUUCCACCAUUAAUAGCGAUGAUCCCUCAUUCUUACACCGUUGAUUCUAUCUCUCAAUCACAAGACCUAGCCUCCAAAAUCCUCUCGUCGUCAACUCCUCAGCAAAUUCUCUCCGCCUGCGCCUCCAUCGAAUCAUUCCUACACUCCCACUCUUCUGAUCAGUCCCGCCACUUCUUCUCCCUCGCCUUUCCGACUCUUAUCCUCAAACUAUUCGGUUUUACUAAUGAACCUUGCGUUGCUUCGCCUUCGCAAUCCAACAGCUGGAUCGAUGUUAUCUCCUCAUUGAACGAUCCUGAUAUAGCAUCUAAGGUUUACCACCUCCUUUCCCCAAAUGGCAUCGUAUUUAGCUCAAUUUUCGCUGUUGACAGAAAAUCACUAGUCAAAUUCGUCUUCCCGAAUGAACGAUUACCAGAGUGGGCCCGGUUUAUGAUUUCAAGUGAAAAAGACUCAAAAAUUCUCUCAAAUCUGUUUCCCAUUUUUAAAGGUAAAGUAAAAGAAGAUACAAACAAAGGUAUAGGUUCAGUGCGUCAGAUUCAGUUAAAUAUUUUUGAGUAUUACAUGUUUUGGUUCGCUUAUUACCCAAUUAGUAGAGGAAAUUACGAAAAUAAUAUCAAUGAAAAUUUGAUCAAGAGAGCAAAGAAAGAAAAAUUUAGGUUAGAAAAUUGGAAGAAUGCUAUUCCAGGUUUCUCAAGUAAUUUUAAGGGCGGAACAGAGGAAAAGUUUGAAUGCAAUCUUUACUUACGGCUUUUGUAUGCCUACUUGUGUGAAUUUGUUCCCGUUAUUGAUUUAAAUGUGCACCAGCAACCAUAUCGCAGCUCACUAUUGAAUUACUCAAGCGGUUAUGAUGGUUCACAUUUAUCACGUGCGGAGUUUUUGGUUGAUGCAUUUGUGAACUAUUGGCUUAUCGAUAAUGAUUUUUCGCCAUUGAGUGUUAAUGUGUGCAAAUACUUUGGUGUGUCACAUCGGUUUUGUUCAAUUUUAGGGGAGACCCCACCAACAAGUGGGUUAGGAGAGCUGGUUAAGUUGUUUGUUAAGUACUUGAAUUUUAAUUCUGUUGUGGUUGUGAAGGAGUGUGAGAGUAUUGCUGAGUAUGGUGGGGGUCCAAAAUGCAGGGUCUCAGAUUCAGUUUUGUUUGAUAGUGGCGUGAAGAGUAGGGGUUUAGCAUCCAUGAUGCCUUGUCUGAGCAGUGUUGGUUCUUGGAAUGAAAUGAUACAAAGACCACUUUAUAGGUUUAUAUUGAGGACUUUUUUGUUUUGCCCCAUGGGGACUUCUUUGAAGAAUGCAUCUGAGGUGUUUUCAGCUUGGGUUUCCUAUAUGGAGCCGUGGAGGAUUAGUAUGGAGGAUUUUGCUGACCUUGACGCAGUUGUGAGGGCUGAGGGUUCUCAGUCUCAAGCGUGUGGUUACUCAUCUUCAUGGCAAGGUUACGUGUUGUCAAACUAUCUUUAUUACAGCUCCUUGGUUAUGCACUUUAUUGGAUUUGCACACAAGUUUCUUCACACUGAUCCUGAAGUAAUCAUCCAGAUGGUAUUGAAGGUUAUGAAUGUAUUGACAUCAGCUAAAGACUUGAUAGACCUUUUAAAGAAUGUAGAUGAUGUUUAUCAUUCCAAACCGGCUGCAUCCAGCAAUUCUAAGCUCAGUAGCUUAUGCGGAUAUGUUCCUUCUAUAAGUGAACAGCUGCAGGACUGGGAGGAUGGCUUAUGUGAGAGUGAUGCUGAUGGAUCUUUCUUGCGUGAAAAUUGGAACAAAGAUUUAAAACUAUUUCAUGAUGGCGGAGUUGGUGCACAACAACUACUUCAGUUGUUUAUAUUGCGUGCAGAAGCUGAGUUGCAAGGCAUUUCAAGAGAUAGUCUUGCCAACAACCUUCAGUGUAUAGAUUCACUGAAAUCCCAUGUUAGCUGCUUUUUUGGUGGGCACGCUAUAAAGCCAAUUCCCUUUUCACUAGAAACAGAACAGCGACAUCAAUCUCGGGAUGAUAUAUUUAAGCCCAAACGAGUUGGAAACAAUGCAUUGUCUAAUAUCAUGUACAAGGGUGACUGGAUGAAGCGCCCCAUUUCAGAUGAUGAGGUUGCAUGGCUUGCUAGACUACUCUUAUGGUUGUCAGAUUUGCUGAAUGAGGGUUUUGGGCUAAAUCGGCAAGAGAAGCAGGCCGAAGGCCCAAAAUGGCUGUGUGGAGAGGUCUCUGGUGAAAUAGUGGGAAAUGUGGAUGGGCAUAUGGAGACCACAAACGCUGUGAUAUAUGCAAUUCGUUCUUGGCUUCUAAUGUUGGUUGCAACAUCUGUGAAGUUAAUGAGGAAACAUGGCAUGCGGGUGAAUCUCAGGAUUUUUGCUUCAAAGAAGAUUGUUGUGGUUUUGUUUCUCAUUACUGUAUUUAGUGUAUUGAAAAAUGUUUUCCCACUGUUUCAUAGAGCAUAAAUGAGGUUAUAAGAACAGCAAAAAAAAAAAAAAUGAAAAAAAAAAAAGAAAGAAAGAAGGAAAAUAUUUCUUCUUUCAACAAUGUUAUACAGUAAAUGAAAUUUGGUGAAGUACGAUCUGUGCAACAGGAGAUAUGUUUCAUGUCA